UAAGUAGCUUGCUUGCCAGUUAGCUGCCUAUUAUAGCCACAAUUUAUUUCUCAGGAAUUAACUGGAUAACCUCAAGAACGCAAAGAAGCGAUGUGUUAUACUUAGCCAGCUGUAAAUUUUCACGAAGGAAAAGUUGGCUACCAUUUAUCGGAAUAAAACUACUUUCUCUGAGAGCUUCAUCAAACCUAAGUUUUAAAUGGGAUAAGAUAUAUUUUCAAAUGUUAGGCAAAGUGAGCAGGUGUUUGAUUAGCUUAGUUGCUGUCAGCAUUAACUUUAUACGCUUAACUUUAUAGUCACAGAUAUAGGCCAUACCAUUAAUCGAUAUCACAUUUUUAUUAUUUUCCCUGUAUGCUGUCAGCACCAUAUUAAGCACACAUGUCGGCCGACAUCGUUAACAAUAUGAGCGAAAAAUCGCCUGACGUAACUGAGCUAAAGAAAGUCGCAAAUGGUGACAAGGACGCUGAGGUCCUACCACGUUUGUACAAGAGGCGAUGGGUGAUAGUAUUCCUGUUCAGCUCGUAUUCAUUGUGCAACGCAUUUCAGUGGAUCCAGUAUGGAAUUAUCAACAAUCUUUUUAUGAAGUUUUACAAUGUGGACUCUUUUGCAAUAGACUGGAUGUCUAUGAUCUACAUGCUGACAUACAUCCCCUUUAUUUUUCCCGUUACCUGGCUUUUGGACAAGAAGGGACUCCGGGUCAUAGCACUUGUGGCAACUGCCACAAAUUGCUUGGGAACUUGGAUCAAGGUGGCCAGUGUCAGACCCGAACUGUUUGCAGUGACGAUGCUCGGACAGUUCGCUUCCUCCUUCGCCCAGGUCUUCAUCCUUGGAAUGCCAUCCCAUAUCGCUUCAGUAUGGUUCGGUCCGGAAGAGGUCUCAACAGCCUGCUCGAUUGGAGUAUUUGGUAACCAGCUGGGCAUUGCCAUUGGGUUCCUGGUGCCACCAAUGCUGGUGCCGAACGUGGAUGACCUGGACGAGCUGGCCCGCCACAUUAGCGUCAUGUUCUACAUCACAGCAGGAGUGGCCACCCUGCUGUUUGUCCUGGUGGUCAUCGUCUUCCAGGAGAGGCCGGAUAUCCCCCCCUCCCAGGCGCAGGCUGUGGCCCGCAGCAUCCCUCCAGAGCAGUACUCCUACACCGCCUCCAUCCUGAGGCUGCUGCGCAACAGGCCCUUCAUCCUCCUCAUCAUCAGCUACGGGCUGAAUGUGGGCUGCUUCUACGCCGUCUCCACGCUGCUGAACCGGAUGAUCAUCGAGCACUACCCUGGUGAAGAGGUGAAUGCUGGGAGGAUUGGUCUCACGAUUGUCAUCGCCGGCAUGGUGGGUUCUCUCAUCUGUGGCAUCUGGCUGGACAAGACCAAAACCUACAAGCAGACCACGCUGGCUGUCUACCUCCUGUCCUUCGUGGGGAUGCUGGUCUACGCCUUCACCCUCAAUCUGGGCCGCCUGUGGGUGGUCUUCAUCACCGCUGGGGCACUUGGCUUCUUCAUGACUGGAUACCUGCCGCUGGGUUUUGAGUUUGCGGUGGAGCUGACGUACCCAGAGUCGGAGGGCACCUCUUCGGGCCUUCUCAACUGCUCCGCGCAGGUAUUUGGGAUCAUAUUCACCAUCUGCCAGGGAAAGAUCAUCGACCACCUCGGCACUCUGGCGGGGAACAUCUUCCUCUGCGUCUUCCUCUUCAUCGGGACCAUCAUGACAGCUUUAAUCAGGUCUGACCUCCGGAGGCAGAGGGCUAACCAGCAGGUUGCGGAUGAAGCCGGGGGCCCCCAGUCACCAGUGCAGGACUAUGGGGCCACAGCCCAAACAACCCCCUACAGCAGCAGUCCUGACUACUAACCCCAACCCCCACUAAACCCCAAACAGACGCACAAAGGUAGGGGGACCUGUGUAAGCCACACUCGCCUCUGUGUGGGUUUAUAUCUGGAAAGGGCACGACCACAGACCAUUCGAAUCACGGUUGUUACAGAGCCGCCAGAUGUAGUGUUCCAGCUGCAAUGUUUUGAGGUCGCUGUGAUAUUGGAGAAAUGCUGUGUGAUCAUUGGGUGUUGGCUGGAGUAUGAAGAGGUUCAUGUUUUGGUUUAUUUAUUUUCUGGUCAACAUAUGUGAUGAAUUUUUGGUUUUGCUACCAUCAUUAGCAAUCAGAUUGAAUGAAAAGCAUUGUACCAAUUUUAGUCUGUUGGCCAAAUACCAAAUGACCAAAUACUUAAAUGUAGCCUUAGUUCAUGUUCCCAGAGGAACAUUUUGCCAUUUCCACCCAUCAGUGUAUUAAGGGUUAACAUUUAGGGAUAAUGGACAAACUUUGUGCUACAAAUGUGCAAUAGCAUGUAUCAUUUAUAUAUACUCCUUUGCUGUUAUGUUGGUAAUGCCUUCAUCAUAAUUUGUUGUACCCAGCAAGCUGAAGCACAUGUUGGUCCACAGGUUACGUCUGAGUCUCACGAUACACCAGUUUUACUUCACAAUCUCUUUAGCUCAAGGUUUCUUUCCCCACAUAGUAUCUAGUAAGCUUUUUUUGUCUGUCUUCUAUGGACCUUCCUGUCCAUAGCCAGUGCUGAGGAAUUGGCCUUGCACUGGCCUGCUUAUUAGAGCAGAGAGAGGGUUAAUGUCAGUGACCCCUCAUCAAACUGAGUGGCUGGGGGGGGGGGGGGGGGUUAGGCCAAAGCGGAUUACUGGGAUUGCUGAAGACCAGGCUGAUAGAAGGUCUGGACGAGGCUUAUGAGAAAGUCGGGACCUGGGGGAGGGCUCACGUGAGGGGGAUGGUUGCCUGUGCCAUCAAAGCCAAUGCGAGACAAGUCAUUUGCAUCCCCUGCCCACGGUUUCUUAUUAUUAUAGCUAUAACUGUAAUACUACAAAACCAAAACUGGAGACAGGAGGUGGGGGUGAUCUUUCAGUAGGGGUUGGGCUAAGGAGAGGGGAGCUGUGACCUGUCAUCUCCAAAUGCUGAGGACCUCUGAACUGCAAAGGUGGGAGUCUGAUGCUUUAUGAACAUUGCAUACCCCAGGGCUGUUGAAGUUUCAAGUAUGCCAAUGUUGCAUGAAUACAACGCAUAUUACUCUACUGUCAAUUAUACUUCUGCAGGAAGUGCUGGUUAUGAGUGGUGUUUAAUUAUGCGGUCAGUAAAACAGGGUGUCUGUUCAGUUUUUUGCUUGCUGUAAAGGAGUACUGUGUUCAUUGUUCUUUUAUUUUGUGGAUGUGUGUGUGUGUGUUUUCGAGGGGGGUGGGUGUUAUUCAGUGGGCUCUGGAUCACUGUACUGUAACUCAAAACCUGCAGAUGUAAUGAGUCACUGUUGAGCCAAGCUCUAAAGCACGUUCACCAUAAAUUAUAGUGGGUGUUUUAGAGAUUUACUUCUCUUUGCUUUUAACAUAUCAUCUACUGGUGUGGCUGCGUUUCGAAUAUAUCCAGAGUGAUUCAUUUUAAGAUUCUCUUGUUCAAGAUAAUAGGCUAGAUGGGAAUGUGUGUUCACUUUGUGGGUUAAAAACCCCACAGAAAUAUUGCUGGCCCUUUCCCUGAACGCAGAUGUUGAAGGAUUAUGGAGAGCAUGUUUCAGCUUUUUGUCAUUAGCUCAGAAGUUGUUUUAGCCACAUCAGUUGGCCUUGCGCUGUUCUGAGACCCCGCAGUGAUUUUAAUCAUGUAUUCUCUGAUUGACAGAAGGUGGCGGAUCACCUGGAGGACGGCGUCCCCUCGUCCGCGAUACUGAACGAGGCCAAGCUUUAAGGGGGGAUGGUCUGCAGGAUGGAUGUGCAGACGCAUGGUCACCCCUUCCCUCGUACAGACAGACGCAGGUUACUUAGACUCACUUCCCAUUGACCUCCAUAGCUGUGUGUGUGCUGCUCUGGUGUGGCCCUGAAUGGUGCCUUGCAAUUCAGCUAACUGAGCCUCACACACCGCUUGAGUGCUGCUGACCCUGGAACAUCUACAUCUGAACCUUUUAGGCAGAAACUACUUCAGCUUGACCUGACUUGUCUUGAGCCCAGUCCAAAAUCUAUCUGUGGCUGGCCAGCAUGCUGUGGCCAGCAAAUUGCUACACUGACGCCUGUCUCGGCUCUGGUAUGGCUAACCUACGGCUACGGCAACCCGGUUAAAAUGCAGCUUUAUUCGCAGAAAGCCAUGUGUGUCCAGACAUCCACGCACACCCCACUUUACGCUGACCUACGUUCACACAACCAGUAACCUUGCGGGCAGAUAAAUGUACAUAAGCACACACACGCACACACACACGCCCGCCUACACGCAGACGCUCAGGCACGCAGACGCCUCUCUCCAAAGACAGGUGCUUCCCUUUCACGGUGUGGAAGAGUGGGAGUUUUAAGCACAAGAAGUCAGGGUCUGGAAGGGCAGUUCGUAUAUACAGUGCUUGAAUGCUACGCUGUUGUCAGGGAGAAGACUGGCCCCCGGUGCUGCGAGGGCGGGCAGGAGGGACAGAGUGGCUAUGCAGUACGGAGGGCCGAUUCCGGAGCCUGUCCACUUGCAUCGGGCCAGGCGCCUGACCUCACCUCAAGCACAUCCGCCCACCGAGGGCAGCCUACUGUGGCUACAGUGUUUUACAUGUCUCCCCCCCAUUUAAAAAAAGGCUUUGGAAUGAUGAUAAUAGUUCUUGUCCUUGCAGGUGUUUUUGGUUAAUGGAUUUCACAUGUUAUGGUAAAUCCCACCACCAACACUAACCAUCAGUAUUGGGCAAUAAUGGUAGUUGAUUCAUUAUGCAUCGCUAAAGGAGAAGUAUUAAAAAUGCGCUUGCAUAUUUUAGUUUAUUUUUUAUACCAACACAAAGUAAAUGUAAAUGUCUUUCGAUUACUGAGAGCAUUUCCUGCUGCGUUUUGAUGAAAUUAGAGCGUAGAUAGUGGUGGUAUAACACAGUGGUAUAACACUUUCCCUCUGUGGUAGUAUAAACACAGAUAACAGUCCAGUCCAAAGAAGUUGUUAAAUUAGGCUUGGGUGUGGUUACAAAUGGACUUUUGGUUCUCAUCUACCAUAUAGGAUAAAUAGAUAAAUUGUGCUUUUUACUACAUUCUCAAACAAGUCGAUAUUGGAAUACUGUGGUAUUUUGCUCCAAUAGUAAGUCUUUGUACUGUCUGGCCUGAGCCUCUAAGUGUUAGUUACUGACUGUGAACACAAUAUCAUUGGCACAGGGAAAACCAAGAAGGUUAUAACAAGUCACUAACAUUUGGUGCCAUUUGACAUACAGGGGUACCGCUCGGAGUUCUGAGUCAACCCUCUGUAUCUUUUUUCACUAAGACUUGGUUAAUGUCAACCAGAGACCAAUGCACCAUAAUUAUUUGUGAUCAGCUAUCAGCUGCUUGUGAACUACCAUUGAAAUAUAAGAUGUACUUGUACAACUCAGUUUGUACCGAGGGGAGGUUGAAUUUGGCUUCAUUUCAGUGAGUUCUACUUCAGUCUGUUUCUGGUUCUGGUAUGGAUUCAGCGUUAUCUCAAAUAUGUAUUUUACCAUUUGUACACGUACGAUUCUCUCUCUACUACUUGUUACUGAUGACAAACUCUUUUGGUGUAAUGUGAAAAUAAUUGUUCACUCUAAAGUAAAUUAUUUUACCUGAUAAUUUUUAUGGAUGUUUUGUGUUCUGAAGCGGUUCAGUGAUUUUUUAUAACUGUUGUGUAAUCUUACAUGUACCAUUGUCGAGUAUUGUAUUGCUAAUCAUACACUUUUUAUAGGAUCAUUUUCUAUACAACUAAAAGUGGUCUGCGAUGCAUGCACUCAUUAAUAGUGCCUAGCACUAUUUAAUAUCAAAGAAUAAUUAUAGUUUUGUAAAACUGUUAAAUCAAGUUCAUACGUUGUUUGCAGGUGUGAACUGCUAUGUAACUCCUACUUAACUGAAAUAAACAUCAUUUUUC